AUGGCACACUUGAAAAAUCAUCCCAGACCUGUCUUGGGUGGGAUUUUAGCUUGUAUCUUGGUACUGGUUUUCUAUGAACACUGGACUUUCAGCAGAUCGGGCGAUGCUGCCAAUGGCAUAAGUGAUGCUUAUUAUAAUUCAAGGUACGGUUCUGGUCCUAUAAAUUUUGAAGGGAAGAACCAGAAUGAGGCUUUUGAUUCCACUGAGGUGCAGAAAGCAUUAGAAAUGGUCCAACUGGCUGAUCUGAAUGGUGUUGUUAAUAAUAGCUACAGAAGCAAAAAUUCAGGAACUUACCGGUUUGGGUGGGGUAAAAAGUCCUACGCACGAGCAUUUGGAUCCUUGGAAAACUUUAAAGUGAAAUUCGACUCUUUAGCUGGGUCUCACUCUUAUACCAAGGCAAACAUGGUUGAUUUUUGGCAACGAAUAAACAGUACUUCGAGGGAGUCUGGUGAACUUUCGCAAAACACUGAAAAAAACAUUAAUGCAUGCAUACUGAUCCAUGUAAGGAACUUGAAUCAGCUCUCGACUUUAAAAAGAACCAUGGAAUCUGUGGAAUCUCACUAUAACAAGGAGUAUCAUUAUCCAUGGGUCAUUGUGUCACAUAUCGAAUUGUUCGAGAAGAAAAUAAUAAUGCAGUUGCGCAAUAUUGCUUCUGGAUUGAUCGAAUUUGUUCACAUUAAGGAACCCCUCACAGAUCAAGAGUUGUUGACUCGUAAUUCUGAUGCGGAGGCAGUCACGUCUUUGUUAGAUGAAUUUACUGCAAAGAGGGAACACAGAUUCGAAUAUUACAGUAAGCUGCAACAACUCCAUAUAGGAAAAUAUUUCUCCGAUUUGUUAGACAAGUGGGAAUUACACACGAAGAAGUAUUCAAAACUGUAUGAUCCAUACUCAAUCAGUUUCUCUCGCCUUUUAUCAAGCGAUAUUUUCAAUUUAGACGCAGUGACUCAGUAUGACUAUUUUGUAAAAUUAGAACCCGGCACUGUGUUCGAUGGUGAUGUGAGGUACGAUAUCUUUGAAAGGUUUACAAGUGAUUCGAAUACUAACGUUGGUAUUGUCUUCAUGGAUAAAAAUCUUGACUCAAAGAUAUCCCAAUCUUUCAAUGAAACACUGCGUUCUUUGCAAGAAAAGAAAAACAUCAAACUAUCGCAUUAUCUCAUUGAUGAUUACAACAAUUAUAACGGAGUAAUUAUUGAUACGGAAACGUUUCUCGUUGGUAAAACUGCAUUUUUCAAUACAAAACAGUAUCUUUCUUUCGUUCGCUUUAUGGAUGAAAUGAGGUUGAAAUUUAAUGAACCUUGGUCUGCAAGUGAAAUAAUGACAGCAUAUUUCGCUAUAGUGUAUAGUGAAGCCACUUUCAAAUCAGCUUGGGAUUCUGAAAAGGAGCUGACAGUUCGCAAAGAUCUCAUGGUGUUCGAUGAUUUAGCCGUCAGCGACGUUGGCAUGUUUGACUCAAAACUUAAGAAUACUUUACUUGGCGAGAUAAAACCCGAAAAGUAUCUAUCAACUAAGCAAAGUUGUCCAAUUUCUACAUCUGAUAUCAAUGAACUGUUACUACGCAAUGUCUUAAAUUGUAACUGUGAUAUAGAUAACAGGUUCUUCCAUAGUGAUGUUGACUCAUUUACGUUAUUAAGCAAUAUGACUCCGGAAUCUGAAUCAUCAAGAGUAAUCGUCAAUGAAACUCUUUUCUCCGAGUUCCAUGAACUUAUGUUCGCUCAGACGAUAAAAGCUCUUUCCAAUAAUGGAGCGGACAAAGAGCUUUUUGUUCAAUUUGAAGAGUAUUUCGAGGCGUUCCCUGAAAGACAAGCAAAGGGUUUUGCAGAUAUCAGAGUUUCGAGGUUAGAAAAGGAAGAACUUCUUAAGGCAGGGCAAGAUAAGAGGACAGGAGAUUUACUUGCAGAAAGGGUAAAGAAGUUCAAGAAGUUCAUCGAUGACAAACGGAAAAACACUGAUAAAGAAUUGAAGGAAUUGGACGAAAAAAUGAAAACGCUCGAGAAUGAGCUUAAAAAUGAAGCAGAAAAACGCAGAAAGGCAGAAAAAGAACAAAAGAAGAAGGAAGAAGAGAAUCAACGGAGGAUUCAGGAAGAACAACAACGUACAAACCAAGGCUCCAAUAGUACUAUAGAGGUCCUUUGA